AUGACCCCCCCUCCACUAAUCCUUUGCACUUGUCUUCUCUCAUUAUGCCUGCUUUUCUGUCUCUCUUUCUCUCUUUCUCUCUUAAACACGCACAGACACAAACACACACAUAUCCUUGCUAGCUUUGUCUUAAUUUGGGCUAUCUAUAAUAACAUCUGUUUGUCUGUCGGUCUAAAACAAAUGGAAUCGGACCUUAAUUUCGUUGCGGCAUCUAUCUAUCUAUCUAUCUAUCUAUCUAUCUAUCAGACUAAAUCUUUUCAUCUAUCUAAAUCUUUUCAUCUAUCUAAAUCUUUUCAUUUUUCUAUCUAUCUAUCUAUCUAUCUAUCUAUCUAUCUAUCUAUCUUCAUUAUCCCCCGUCUCUCUAUCUAUCUAUUUUUAUAUAAUGUAUUAUCUAUGUCUGAACUUAUCUAUCUAUCUAUCUAUCUAUCUAUCUAUCUAUCUAUCUAUCUAUGCCUGAUACCUUAUCUAUCUAUCUAUCUAUCUAUCUAUCUAUCUAUCUAUCUAUCUGCUUGGUACAUUAUCUAUCUAUCUAUCUAUCUAUCUAUCUAUCUAUCUAUCUCAGUCUAUUCAUUAUCUUUCUCAUUUUGUUCGUCUCUCUAUCUAUCUAUCUAUCUAUCUAUCUAUCUAUCUAUCUAUCUCAAUCUGUUUAUAUCUAUCUAUCUAUCAAUCUAUCUAUCUAUCUAUGUGAAAGAGAUAAAAUAA